UACACGUUUUACGACCGUGAGUGUCGCUCCGCCAGUCACGACUGCAGAAACUCGGUCUAACAUAACACCAACAGCCGUGCACCGUUGUUGUUGUGGCAGGUUUAUACGUCUGUGUGGUGGUGUUUGUAACCCCCACACCCCCAUCUCAUCUGAAAGUUGGAUGACUGACUAGUCAAGUGUGCAAAGCUUACUUGGGGAGGAAUAAGUGGAAUGGAGUAUCUUCCGUGAAGAGUUUCGUCGAAAUAAACUCAUCUGUCAUUAGAUGUUAUGUUAAUACAUAACACCAACAGCCUUGGCGGCAGUGACUGCAUGAGGUCACCGCUGCGCGUCGCGAAAGGUCAGCCGCGUUAUAGUUGACACAAGCACAAGAAGAAAUUCGUGAUUUCAGCUCCGGCUGUGCAAGUAAACAUACGUGUUUGUUUGCUCUUGCAUUCCGAGAAUUAGUCACACAGCAACAGGAACGUUUACUGCAACGACUGUCAUCGAACAGUUCCAUUACUGACAGAGCUGAUAUGGAUGGAUGAAAACGCACCGUCCUUGUCACACCGAGUCAUCCAUCAUCAUUUAAAGAUUCUUUGAAGCCCAGUGAGAGGUAUAAGCUCAGAUUAUAAGGGAAGAGAAAAAACUGAUUACCAGCAGAAGGUUUGGAUUCAGUCCCACGGCUCGCUUUAAAGAGGGUAAAGCGAAAGUGUGCGAUAGACAACCGUGAUUGUAAUGAGCACAGGCUGUUGUUAAGAACGAAAUUUGCUUAUCUUCCGGACACAGAAAUUGAUAUCUUAAGUGCUCGAAGUACACGACAUGUCAGUCGAUCUGAGAUUCUGCAUGGUGGUGGAGCUGUGAGUGGCGCCGGAUGCCCGUGACAACCGCCUGCACUUCCCCCUUAGUGACUGGUGGCACCUUCAGCAUCUGGGUCGGCCAUGGCAUGGAGGGCGAUCUUGAAGUUUUUCGGGUUUGGAAAGAAACGAUCGUCUGAGCAAGAGUCCGACAGCGCGGCGCCAAGUCCGAAGUCUCCGCCACGCCAUCACCCGUAUGACGAGGUUUCCGAUGACCAGCUGGACCAAAACAGGGCGGGAGGCAAACCUCCCAGGGUUCAUCCUUACGACGAGGUUACUGAUGACCAGCUAGACCAGAACAGGGCGGGAGGUAAAGUUCCCAGGGUUCAUCCAUACGACGAAGUGUCCGACGCUGUCCUGGAGACCAACCGCCAGAAGGUCAGAGCCCGCAACCACGCCUACGAUGAAGUGGAUCUGGACCGCACUAUGUCCAAAAUCAAUAAGCAGGCUAAUGGAGAGGCUGACUCCAAGACGGCGCCAAGAGUAUCGAAGAUAAAGUGCGGGAACUCGAAUCUGAACUAUGUGGAGGUGGACAUCCAGCAGGAUGCCAAGGGAAGUGAGAAGCGAAGGGUCACCCAGACCGAUUCAACCAACUACGCCGGGGUGAGGAGAAACUCCUCUGGACAGACGGUCCUGGUGACGGAGUGACCAGGACACACAACGUUUGUGUAUGUGUGGAUAUGUGUGUGUGAGAGGGGGACAUGUUGACGCAAGAAUGCCCAGCAAAGGGCAGCAAUCGCUCAAGAGAGGUUUUUCUCCCUCGAUCCAGGGUGCUAAAGACAUCAGUCCAGUGUUUUGCGAGAUUAAAGCAUAAUUUUGGAGACUCGGUAUGAGCUUUGGAGACUGAAGCCUUGGUCAACCUAAAUGGUCGUACAACUGCUGUUAGAAGCGGAGUUAAAGUUCUUGGCUAUAAAUGACCAAAACAUGAAGAAAACGUUUUGAAUUUGACUCUUUUCUAGUGAGUGGGUGGGUAGGAAUUGGUAUUUUAUGAUGAGCCAGCAACUAAGGUGAUAUUACAACAGAGCAGCCAGCUUGGGUAGAGGUGAGCAAAGGGAAGGACAUUGCUACAUGACAAUAAUGAUGAAUAUAAUGUGUAUAUGCGUGCAAUAUCACGCCGCCUCUAACAUUCAUAGCUUUAUGUUAACAUUGGUGGAUAUGACCUCUGCCUGUGCACAUGUACAUUGUCUAACUAUAUUAUCUUUAAAGUUACAUUGGGCUGCAAUUGUUUUCUAAUGACAGCGAAAAUCUCAGAGCAAGAUAUUAUUUACUCAAAUUUGAUUGAUCACAUGUUAUGCUGUUUUUGAAAUGCGCGCCUUCAAUACUAAUAUUAAAAAUAAUCAUUGUCAUCAUCAGGAUUUCACAUGGAAAAGUUUAUGGUGUGAUGGCUUCAGUCAGUGGGAUGUCUGGUGUUAAUUUGGAGUGUUGGUAUUAAGAUUUUAUUAUCUUUCUCUGCAUGGUGAUGUUUUGGAUGAGCAUGCAUAUUGUAUAAACAGCAUCUUUCACUGAGAUUUACCCAGUAUUUAGAAUGGAAUUGCUCUUCAUUAUUCCUUGAAAUUGUUACAAUGGUGGAGUGUGUUUGCUUAUUUUUUUGUUGUUUACUUUGCUUUUUUCAUUAACCAUGGUUUGUAUUUCUUCACUGAAUAUGACUUUUCCAACUCUCAGAAACAAUAAAGGUUUUUUUUGUUUUUGCUUCUUAUUUUUUAGUUCUUUACUACUUCUUGAGAUCUAAGUUCUUCCAUUUAUAAGGUAUAAACAUUAUUAUAGUCAAUUUUUUUCCUAAAGUUUUUGUUGUUAUUGGUAUACUUGCUUUCUGAUCAGCAAUGAGGGAUUAACAUUUUAUAAUUACACACUAAUAAUUGUAAUGUCACUGAAGUAUAUUAAUGUAUCCAGGUUUUCAUCUUGAGAACAAAAUGCUGAUGUUUUGAGAAUUCACAAUCAGUAAAAAAGACAGUUUGGACAAACAUAUAAAAUACAUGUUUUUAAAGAUCUGCGCAAUGCCUUUAUUUAAUAAAUCACCUGAUGCAUCACUAUUUACAUGACCUGUAUCGCCUAGAUAAAAAAAAAUCCGUUGACAUAUCAGUACUUUUAUAGAGCAAAUCUGGAACUUUUUCCUUAAUGUUAAUCUUCAUGCACUUUUCUGCUCUUUACUCCAUUCCGUGUAAGCAGGCUUGUUUUCUAUGGUGGUUUGUAUUCUAAACUUGCUCAUCUUUAACCAGAAAACUUAUGCACAUGCAGAAAAAAUAUCUUGAUACCUGCUUUGUUAGGGAAGGUGAAGGUGGCUCUAGACAGAGUAAGCCACUUAGGUCUUUGAAAGGCUACUGAAUUUUCUUUCUUUACCGUUUAUCUUCUUUCCCCAGAAACCAGCACAUUACUUUCAUGAUCAGAAUGUUUAAAAUUGCUCAUUGUAAAAGACUUCCAUUCUGGCUUGCUAUUUUAUAUUGUACUUAAUUUUGUUAUUUAAAUUUUAUGUUGUAUAUAAAAGCUCUCAUUUGUCUAUCCCCACCCUUUGUGGUGAUCAUCUUCUGUUUUUCUGUGAUGUAUAAUCUUCACAUUUGUGUUUUAUUUUUUGUUGAUUUGAUUUAAUGUGAGGUCCUGUUUACUUGUUUUGUGUAGGUCUAUUUUCUCACGUGCUGAAAUAAACACUUAAAGUGGUC